GGGUGUUCUGCCAUCUCAAAGAAGGUCGUGAACUUACUUACUCAACAAAUACAUAUCCUUUAAGAGUAUUCAACAAUGGCUGGAGGACACGGGCACUUUGAACCGGUCAAGCUUGACCCUGCUAUCGAAAGAUGGUCUCAGAUGCGAGAGAAUGUCUAUCAACAUUUCCGAUUCACCCCUCAGAAAACAAGGCAGGUUUUUACCUACGCCCUCUUAUUGCCGGCUCUUGUUGCUGGUAUCUCUUGGACUUAUAAUAACAAGUUCGACUGGGCUGGCAAGCAAAAAGGCUCUAGUUUACUCGCCAACACUCCCGCCAAGCCUCUUCCUAAGUCUGAUGAGGAAUAAGAUGUAUCAUUUGUAAACCGUGGACUGUAAUUGUGUGGGAAAGGGACACUAAUGCAAAAGCUCCGGUACACGCGAAGAUUAUGGGUACAGCUACAAAAGAAAGAAGCAACGGAUAAGCUACCAAAUGCGUUUUACCAUCGUCCACCGCUCGACCUCUUCAAGCUUCCAUUUCUUGCCCUUUUUUCCUCCGUCCGUCUUUGGUAUGCCUUUAUCCAGGUCUUUGUCACUCUCGCCAUUUCCUUGUUGAGCCCCCGAGUGUUUAUGAGAGACCUUCGUAUCAGGCAAGGACACGCCUCCCUGUGAUAUGGACGAAGAAAGCGAAGGAUAAUCUGGCAAAUCAUCUGCCGCUUUGGAGAGGUAUUCUCUAGUUUGACGGUUGUAUUCCUAGACUUUAAUCAGCGAGAUUCUGUUGAUCGAAGGAAAAAGGAGAUAAAGACUCACAGUUUCUUCUUUGCUUUCUCCGACUGCUGAUCUGCCAUAGUCAUUAACGCUAUCUUCCGCCUCUCUCUCGUCCAUUCCUUCUUGACGCAUUGCCGAGAAACCCAAGAGAGAUAACCCAAGUAUGAUUUUGAGGAACAUUAAACUGCUCUUCCCCUUUAGCAUCUCGCCUCGUAUAAAUUAAAAGAAUACUCUUACCAUCCCCACGAACAAAUUCCCACUCCGAUCCAACUAGCGACCUUCAAACCCCACCACACCGUACCCCAUAGUCCUUCUUCCCCUCCAUUGCCAAAUUCCGACUCUUCCGCGUGCGAGUGCGACAUGGUCAGCAUCCCUAUUGCUUGCCAGGAGAUCCGCAGCACCAAACACGCUAGAGGGAUCGAGGCAAAGCCAAGACGCCGCGCGACCAACGGUGAUUGAUCGAGCAAAAUACGGUGAUUCCUGCUUUUGCCGUCUCGGUGGCGACGAGACGGGGAUGAAGUAAUGGAACCAGCUAGAAGGACAUCUUUGGCCAAGACGUCCGUGAAUCUCUCGUAGACUGACGCUCGAACGUGAUUGAAUUUUGAUAUGAAGGCGUGCUUCACCCAGUCUACCACCAUCUCUGACAUGAUCACGAAAAGGACAGGCUGAAAUCAAGUCCAAUUUAGCAAAAGCAAGGAUGGAUGACGAUGACCUUACUGAUAAGAUGGAGUCCACAAGACUUUUGCCCUUCAUAAAGCUUUUUGGCAA